GCGGAAGUAGUUUCUCUGCUUUCGUUUCCGACUGACCUAUUUAGCUUGUCAUAUUAGCAUACGUGAAUAAUCAGGUUUUGAAACAAUGGAGUAAGCUGGUUUUGAUGUUGGAGUUAGCUUGUUGUGAUUUGUAUAGUUAAAUGUUUCACCUUACUACAGGUGAUACCUUACAAAUAAGACAUUUUACUCUGAAGCGUACGAAAUACAAGAGUUGUUGUUAGCCACUUUGAUUUAGCAAGUCUGUUGCGGUUUAAAAUGAUACGUCCGUCGAUAGUCGCGUUUUAAACACAUUUCUGGUUUGGAUUGUUUUUGGUUCACUAAUUAUCAGUUACAGGCUUAUUAUCGCUACGUAUAAGUUUCUAUACACUUUCGCUCUUUUGGAUGUUCAGUGUGUUGGGAAGUGACUCCACAGCUCCAUGUCUGCUGAGGCUUCAGUUGGCAGUGAUUCUGCCAACUCUGCCCAGUCAGCUGUUCCCCAGCAUGCCUAUCAGAGCACAGAUGAGCACAGAAAUCACGGUCUGCUCGGGAGCAAGUAUGUCAAGUUAAAUGUGGGUGGCUCACUGCAUUACACAACUGUCCAGACACUGAGUAAAGAAGACAGUCUGCUGCGAAGCAUAUGCAAUGGAGAGACAGAUGUUACCAUAGAUUCAGAAGGGUGGGUGGUUUUGGAUAGAUGUGGCCGCCACUUUGGACUGGUUUUGAACUUCCUUCGAGAUGGCUCUGUACCACUGCCAGAAGACCACAGAGAGCUCGAUGAGGUCUUAAAGGAGGCCCAGUACUAUCAAGUACAGGGGCUAGUGCAGCACUGCCUCAAUGCCGUGCAGAAACGAAACAAUGUCUUUGAAAGUGUGUGCCGGAUCCCAAUGAUCACCUCAGCCAAAGAAGAGCAGAAGAUGAUUGCUACCUGUAGAAAGCCGGUCGUAAAGUUGCAGAACAACAGAAGUAACAACAAGUACUCCUACACGAGCAACUCUGAUGAUAACCUGCUGAAGAACAUCGAGCUGUUUGAUAAACUUGUGCUUAGAUUUAAUGGCCGCGUCCUGUUUGUCAAAGACGUGCUCGGGGAUGAAAUCUGCUGUUGGUCCUUUUACGGUGAAGGCCGCAAGAUUGCUGAAGUGUGCUGCACUUCCAUCGUCUAUGCGACAGAGAAGAAGCAGACCAAGGUUGAGUUUCCUGAGGCACGGAUAUUUGAAGAAACACUCAAUAUCCUCAUCUAUGAAAACAACAGGGGCUCUGGUCCCGGAGGCUUGCACCUUUUAGAUUCUAGAGGCUCCGGUUCGUCACUGGGAGCAGGCCAGUCGGAGGAGGAGGGAGCCGUGGGGGGGGACAGACGUGUAAGACGAAUCCAUGUACGAAGGCACAUAAUGCACGAUGAGCGAGGGCACGGUCAGCAAACUGCUCGCCCACCCCCCGCCAAAAUGAAAGCAGCGGACAUUGACGUGAUGGUGUCCGAGACCGAGGCAGCGAAGAUCCGCAAGUUUGUCUGUAAGCAGCUCCGCGAUGAGCCAGACCUCAGCAAGCUGACUAUAGGAAUUUUAAAGAAACGUUAUCUGGCUCACAUGAAAUGCGAUUCGUUAAGUCCUGAUGCAAAAAAAUUAAUGAAGCAAGUGGUUGGAGAGGAGAUCAUGAAAAUGCAGGAAAAUGACAAAAGCGCUGGAGAAAUCGAACCCAAGGAAGUCCAGAACAAAAGGAAGAGAAAAUUGGAAAAUGAGGAGCUAGAAAGUGAUGGAGAAAAUGAAUCCAAAGCAAAAAAGAUCAGAUCCUCUCAUGCAAGUUCAUCAGAAUCAGAGGAUGAGUCGGACUGUAAAACAGGAAGCAAUGGAGAAGAAGAAAUCGAAUCUCCAUCUACCGAUGCAGAAAAAGAUGUAAAAAAAUCAAAGCAAGAGCAAAAACAGAGCAAACGGCAAAGCACGAGUGAUGACUCUGCAGAGGGGGAAACUGACGAAUCGGAGAGUAAAGGGAACAAAAGUUCCCGUGGUGACAGUCCAAAGAAAAUGCUGAAAAAGAAAGCAAAUACUACAAAGAAUGAGGAGAAGAAUAGCAUUGAUGCAAGUGAAGCGAAAAAAAUACCCGGGAGUGACAAGGACAGUGAGAGCGAUGCAGACAGCCUCUCAGAAAAGGGUGACAAAAGCAAGGAGAGCGAGUCCUCAGACAGUGAAAAAGAUAGGAAAGUGUCAGCUGAAAAGAAUAACGAUUCCGACUCUGAGUCGUCAUCACUUCCUUCUUUGGAGGACGACAAGGGUAGUGGGGGAAAAAAUGCGCCCAAUGAAAAGAAGAAGAAGACGAAAACAGAAAACAAACCCAAACGCCAAAAGGAUGAUGAUAAAGCAGUUGUAAGGCUGAAGCGCUACAUUUCUCUAUGUGGUGUAAGAAGCAAUUACAAGAAGAUGCUCGAUGGCUGCAGCUCUGUUCGCUCCAAAGUGACUGUUCUGAAAAAGCACCUGGAAGAGCUUGGUGUCCAGGGUAAUCCAUCUAUUGAGAAAUGUAAAAAAGUUCGAAUGAAAAGAGAGGAAGCGCAAGAACUGGCUGCGCUCGAUGUCAACAACAUAAUAACCUCACAAGGUCGACCUAAACGUGGAGGAACCACAGCAAUACCGAAACAAAUGGACCCUCCAUCCUCUGCUUAUCAGCGCACUUUGGACUCUGACAGCGAUCAGGAAAACAAAACGGACAAAGGACAAAGAAAAAUUUCCCAAUGGGCGAAUCUGCAUGGGAUUAUCAGCGAUGAUGCAGACAGUGACUGAUAACAGCUCCACUCCCAUAUAUUCAGGGAUGAUAUGUUAACUUGUUAAUUGAGGACUUUUUUAUUAGCUAUUUCCUGCUUUGUUACUUGUCAUACAGUACUUAUAAAUAUUCUCAUUAAUGUAUAUACAUUUUUUUACGAGGUAGUUGGUAGUUGUUGUUCAAUUUCUAAUAAAAGGAUUGU